AUGUGUCUGCUGGGUGUGGGCCUGCGUUUUGAGGUGGUUCCAUCCUGGUUUAAGGAGACACUUGAAAAGUCAUCUUUUGCAGCUCCUUAUGAGUAUGCUGUGGAAACAGCAAAACAGAAGGCUCUUGAAGUAGCAAACAGAAUGCAUGUAAAACACCUGAGAACACCUGAUGUUGUCAUAGGAGCAGACACUAUUGUGUCUGUGGAUGAGCAGAUCCUGGAGAAACCAGUUGAUAAGCAAGAUGCGUACAGGAUGCUGUCAAGGUUGAAUGGGAAAGAGCACAGUGUUUUUACAGGAGUGGCUAUUGUACAUUGCAGCAGUAAAGAUAAUCAGCUAGAGACAGAAGUCACUGAUUUCUAUGAAGAGACUAAAGUAAAAUUUUCUGACCUGUCUGAAGAGCUCUUAUGGGAGUACAUUCAUAGCGGGGAGCCAAUGGACAAGGCUGGUGGAUAUGGAAUCCAGGCCCUCGGUGGAAUGUUAGUUGAGUAUGUCCAUGGAGACUUCUUGAAUGUAGUGGGAUUUCCUCUGAAUCACUUCUGCAAAAAGCUAGCAGAACUGUACUAUCCACCCUCUAAACAUAAUGUACAACAUAAAAAAUAUGACUCUAUUCCUUCUGUGGACACUUUUGAGAACCUCAGUGAUGGAGAAAAUGAUUCUUCAAAUUUCACAGAGCACAAAGGUGCUAGUAAGUUGGACAGCAGUGGAAUGUGUUCCUCAGAAGCUAUUUAUAAUUCCGAAAACAGUUCUAGUGUCAGAACUGGUUUUAUGGUACCUUUGGAAAAUCAGAAUGGAGUGUCAGAAAGUGCACCAAAACUUCCAUCUAAAAUUCUAGACCUGAUGGAUGGUUUUAGAGCUUCAAAGGCUCUGUUUGUAGCCUCUAAGCUGAAGAUCUUUGAUAAUCUGAAAGAUAAAGGUCCACUGAAGGCUGUGGAUAUUGCAAAUGAGAUUGGAGCCUCUGUGUGUGGAACCGAAAGACUCCUUGAUGCAUGUGCUGCGCUUGGAUUACUGGAGAAAACACCACAAGGUUACAGUAAUACAGAUUCAGCAAAUGCCUACCUGACUUCAGAUGGUGAAUACUCGCUUCAUGGCUACAUUAUCCAUUCUAAUGACCACCUUUGGCCACUCUUCACAAACUUGGAGUCUGCUGUCAAAGAAGGCAGCAGACAGAACCAUAGAGCCUUUGGAAAGAAAGCAGAUGAUUUAUUUAAGGACUAUUAUCACAGCCAGGAGGUGAAGCAGCGUUUUAUGGCUGCCAUGCACAGCAUUGCCCACCUGACAGCCAGAGAUGUGGCUACAGCAUUUGAUCUUUCACGAUUUAAAUCUGCUUGUGAUUUAGGAGGUUGCACUGGAGCUCUGGCUCAUGAAUUAGUACAAAUAUACCCAAAUCUCAAGGUCACAGUAUUUGACCUUCCAGAAGUCAUUGCAAACACCUCUUACUUUCAGCCAUCAGGACAACACAUGGCUCCGGUGACAUUUGCAUCGGGUGACUUCUUCAAGGAUAAUCUUCCAGAAGCAGAUCUUUACAUCCUUUCACGUGUUCUUCAUGACUGGCCUGAUGAAAAGAUACAUGUGCUGUUAAGCAGGAUAUCAGCUGUUUGCAAACCAGGCUGUGGGAUUUUGCUGGCUGAAAUGGUGUUGGAUGAUGAGAAGAAGAACAGGAGCACAGUGCUACUGCAGUCUUUGAACAUGCUUGUGCAGACAGAGGGAAAGGAGAGAAGUGGCUCUGAAUAUCGAGGCUUACUGGAACAACAUGGAUUCACAAAUGUCAAAAUCAGGUUAACAGGAAAUUUGUUGGAUGUCAUUCUCUGUGCUAAGAUCUAGAAAAAAUGGAUCUAGUAGUAAAAUCGGCAAGUCUCUA